AAAACAGACAAAAGUUAGAGCUGGCAGUUUUUCAGACUUUGUUUGCAAAGUGAAAGGAUGUGAAUUAGGCAGUGUGUUCCAGCCCCCUCUUGUGCUCUGACACCACUGACUCUGUCUUGAACAUGGGUGGAUUAUCCUGCUUCUACAAGGACAAAAUGAAAAGUUGUCGACUCUUCAAACUAAUAUAUUUGCAACAUUUGACCGUCAAUGAAAUCUUAACAAUGUUUGUUAAAAUGUUUUGUGUGUUAGAUAUAGUAGUUGUAGUUGUCUGAUCAUGCAGUGUGGGCAUUGAUGCAUUUUUGUGAAUGACUUUAUCUUCUGACUGUAAAGAUAAAAUGGAAGAGAGCAGUGAUGAUACAGCAGAUGGGAGGGAAGGACAAUAUGAGGCUAACUCUGGUACAUCUGGGACAAAUAACAAUAUUGAGUUGGAGGAGAGUGCAGCUAAAGCCAAGCAUGGUCCAGUGAAUGAUCGUCAUCAAGCUCAACACUCAGGUUAUGCUGCAGUGGAAGAGAUAGAAACAGAUAGCACACCUGGAAUCAAGGUCAAGUGUGAUCCACAGAAUAAACCUCGUGGUGAUGAACGCCCAGAGGAGAAUGAUGACAGCCCAGGAGUAGAGUCUGACAUCACGGCCGUGCCAUCUGAAACAAAGGAGAACGAUACCUUCGAUAUGAAAAUGUCUGAAAACAAGGAGAAGCAGUCAGUGAACAUCUCUGAAGAGACUGACAGAAAGAAACAACGUCAAAAAGAAACUGAAACGCUGCUCAGCAGACUUCACCUUCAAGACAGAUUUCCACACAAGUUGUCACCAGCAGACUUUCUUCAAAUAGGUCAACGUGUGACACACAGCCAUGACAUAUCUGAGAAAGAUCUCGCUAAUACCUUUGUUCAGAGGUUAAUGAUGUUAGACUACAGAGCCAGAUAUAUUCCUGUAAAACAAGACAGUCCUGAGCCGGGAUCUUCACACACUUUGCCAGUGUCUGACAAUGAUGACACAGAUGAUGACACAGAUGACUAUGAAGCUCAUUUUAGCAAUGAUACAGACUCUGAUCAGUCAAAACAGACUCAGGUGCAUCCAAUGGAUGUUCAAAUGGCAGUGUUCCACUGCUCCAACAGCUUUCUGAAGCAGAACUUGAUGACAAAGUUAUCUCAGUGUCAGCACGCUUUACCUUUGCUUGUUCCUGACCCAGUCACAAUGGACAUUGAAUGUCCUUUGUGGACAUUCAGACAAAUCAUAAAAACAUGGAAGAUAACUCAAAUCAAAGAUGGCUCACAAAGUGUCACCAUGAAGCACAUGCCGAUCUGCAAAGCUGAAACGUCCAUGGUGUCUUUCUUCCGCCUUGGUUCACUUUCUGUGUCUAAAUCUCAGCUGAUGAACACUUUGAUCAACGAGCAUCACAACAUGUUCUUCCACAGAAACUGUCCAGGAAGCACCAAAACUCGCCAUUUAAUGGAAGGUGUGGCAGAGAUUGCCUGGUACUGCCCUGCUGCAAGAUCCAAUGAUUCCUUCACUGACUGCAUUGCCUUCUGCAAUCUUCAUGGAGAUGCUCUAUUGAUGGAAAAACAACGUGAAAUACUGAUUGAAAGAUCUUCAAUCAAUGUUGUUCUUGUACCAACUCUGGAAAAAAGCCAGAAAAGUACCAAAGUCAUCUCAGCCCUUCACAAGUCUCCAAAGCCCCUCAUUAUCCUUGUUGCUGACAGUGAUUGUGGUGCACUUAAGAUUAAAGAGGGAAAAUACAAAAUGGGCCUUAAAGACAGAAGUCAGUCAGAUGUUUCAGAAGAACUAAAAGGACUUAUUGGAAAGAUCCUGUCUGGACCACACACGUCCUUCCAGCUGGAGUCUAUGGCCAAGAUCUCUGGAAUCAGAGUGGAUGAAGAUGACACAGUCUGCCAAAACGGCAAAUCUGCUGCAAUGGAAACACUUCAUGUGCUUCAGGGGGUGGACGUUUCCAAGAUUAAAGACACAUUUCUUCCUUGCCAAGGCCAGCUUUGGCGACGCAGGCGGAUGUCAAUGAUAGAACCUAUUCAAUUCAAAGGACACAUUGAGGAAGAGAAAAGUAAAAGGCAACAGGAACUGAUGGAAAUACGACUGGAUCAAUGCAGCAAAGCUUCCUGCAGUAAACUGAUGAUGUCAUUCACUGAUAGCCUCUUGUUUUUGCCAUCAAAAGCCAAAGAGUACUACCUGAAGUGGACUCAGAUCUUAAUAGAUGCCCUCUCCACAGAUGAUCUCUCUUCAAUUCUCCAAAGCUAUGAUGAAAAGUGGUCUGAGGUCUUGGAUCUGAAGAAAAAGAAAGACAAAUCUGCUCUGUUAAUAAGGAAACAAGAUGAGCUUGAACAAAUAUCCAACAAACUGCAGUCAGCCACCUUUGGCUUGGAGCACAUGUUUCGAGAAAUGGGACAGAUCUACGAAGCCCAUAAAUCUCAGGAAAAACCAGAAACCAGUGGACGGAAUAACUGGUCCAGAUACCCUGAGCUGGCAGCAGAUCUGAUGAUAUCAGGACACCCAAUGGAGCUGAUGGACGGUGAUGCAGGUCAUGUGCCUUUGACAUGGAUCUCUGCUCUUUUAGAUGAAGUCAUCAAGAAACUGGGAGACCAGAGGGUGUUUGUGUUGUCAGUUUUGGGCAUACAAAGCAGUGGAAAGUCAACGAUGCUAAAUGCCAUGUUUGGUUUGCAGUUUGCUGUCAGUGCCGGCAGGUGCACCAAGGGUGCCUUCAUGCAGCUGGUCAAAGUGUCAGAGGAGCUCAAGAAGGGCUUCAGGUUUGACUACAUUCUAGUGGUGGACACUGAAGGACUGCGUGCACUUGAGUUAGCAGGUAAAGCCACUUCUAACCACGACAAUGAACUGGCAACAUUUGUUGUUGGUCUGGGAAACAUGACAUUGAUCAACAUCUUUGGUGAGAAUCCAGCUGACAUGCAAGAUGUUCUGCAGAUUGUUGUUCAGGCUUUCAUGAGGAUGAAGAAAGUUAAACUUUCUCCUAGUUGUGUGUUUGUUCACCAGAAUGUCACAGAUAUUGCAGCAGCAGAGAAAAACAUGGAUGGGAAGAGACGCCUGCAAGAAAAACUGGACCAGAUGGCUCAACUAGCUGCCAGAGAAGAGGGCUGUGAUGCUGAGUGCUUUAGUGACGUCAUUGCAUUUGAUGUGAAAGAAGACGUGAAAUAUUUUGCCCAACUGUGGGAGGGAAGCCCUCCAAUGGCUCCUCCAAACCCAGGUUACAGUGAGAGUGUACAAGAACUGAAGAACAUCAUCCUCUUGAAGGCUUCACAGUGUGCCAGGACCCCUCUGUCACAUUUCAAAACCAAGAUCCAGGACCUGUGGAAUGCCCUCAUGAACGAACACUUUGUUUUCAGCUUCAAAAACACACUAGAAAUCGCCGUGUACAGAAAACUUGAGAUCAAAUAUGGGAACUGGACCUGGACCCUCAGGAACAACUUGUUGACCAUCGAAAACCAGCUUCAUACCAGAAUUGAAAAUGGAAAACUUGACAAGGUUGAGCUCAGUGAUCUUGUUAAAGAAAUGAGCGAAACGUAUGAAGAAGUCAAGAAAGAAAUGACAACGUACUUUCAGGAUGACAGAGACAAAGAAAUGCUGGUUCAGUGGCAAAACCGAUUCGAACAGAAGAUCAAAGAGUUUCAUGAGGAAGCAGUUAAAGAAGUGAAACGAAAGCUGGAUGAAGUUAUCCAGCAGAAGAAGGCUUGUAAAAAGCUGGAUGAUCAGAAGACAGUGACAGAGUUUGAGAACAAGCUGCUGCAAAAGAGCAAAGAGCUGGCUCAUGAGUUAAAAGACAAGGCAACAGAUGAAAAGGAACUGAAGAAGCAGUUUGACUCAGUUUGGAGCCACUUGGUUACUGAGUUAACUAAGAAUACAACACCCAUUGAGGACAUCAACCUGGAAGAAGAACAAUUUAAAAUCCUUGAACAGCUCAGUUUUGAAUGGCCUCUCAUAGCUGAAUCCAAACGCACCGGUCGUUACAAAGAGAUGCCAAAAAUUGGGGAUUACUCCGGUUAUAUAACAAAAAAGAAGUCCCAAAAACUCUGUAAUGAAAGUGAACAAUCUCCAGAAAGAAAGAGGGAAAACAUGGAUACAAGUAAAAGAAGUAUGAUGGCAGCUGGAGUCAAUUAUGUCAAAAAUCUGGUGGGAAUGAGCUCAACAACAGAAGGAAAAUCAAAGAAUGUUCUUGAACAUGAAGAACAACAGCUGAUCAGAUCCUUCAUUAAUUCUGUUGAACAGCAAUCCCUCAAAGCAGUCAAGACCAAACCAGUAGCAACAACAGGCUACAACUCAACCUACUUGGUAGAAGUGGCUAAAAGCGUUCAAGAGAAAGUGACAGAGUUUGAAUCAGAGAAGAAAUACACACUGAAGAAGGAGUUCAGAGUGGAUCUCUCACUGUAUGUUUUUGACAGGGCAGCAGGUUGGUUGUCACAGUCUCACAAGGAAUACAAAACUAACAACGAUGCACACACCUACUUGGAGGGCAAGAAACCACAAUAUUACAACAUUUUCCAGAGCUUCUGCAAAGGAAGCUCAUCUGCAGUCGUUUUUGGAGAAUUGAUUUGUGAAAAACUGAAGGUUUCCAUUGUUGAAGCCGUGUGUAACAAGACUGCCAUUGAUCUCGCUGGAGAGAUGAAGUGCACUGUCCGAGCAUUCAAUGGGAACAGGCAGGACUUGGAGAAACAUGUCCUGAAAUCACUUGCAAAGAAAGAGGACUUUGAUGGUUUUAUCACCUACAUCCGGAAGCCAAGGAACCAAACAGAGACUUUCAUAAAAGAAAAAGUAAAGAAGUACAUCUUCAAAAAGCAGAAAGGUAAAGCACAGAAGAUACUAGAGACAAAUGUUGACCACAUCAGUAGGCAGGUCCAUCUAGCUCUAUCUGCUGCAACAAGGAAAGUCAAAGAACAGGAAGGAGACAUAAACAUGUGGGUGGAGGAAUUUUCCAGUUUCCUAAAAGAUGAUCUGACACUUGUGGAGCACAUGUUUCGAGAAAUGGGACAGAUCUACGAAGCCCAUAAAUCUCAGGAAAAACCAGAAACCGGUAGACGGAAUAACUGGUCCAGAUACCCUGAGCUGGCAGCAGAUCUGAUGAUAUCAGGACACCCAAUGGAGCUGAUGGACGGUGAUGCAGGUCACGUGCCUUUAACAUGGAUCUCUGCUCUUUUAGAUGAAGUCAUCAUGAAACUGGGAGACCAGAGGGUGUUUGUGUUGUCAGUUUUGGGCAUACAAAGCAGUGGAAAGUCAACGAUGCUAAAUGCCAUGUUUGGUUUGCAGUUUGCUGUCAGUGCCGGCAGGUGCACCAAGGGUGCCUUCAUGCAGCUGGUCAAAGUGUCAGAGGAGCUCAAGAAGGGCUUCAGGUUUGACUACAUUCUAGUGGUGGACACUGAAGGACUGCGUGCACUUGAGUUAGCAGGUAAAGCCACUUCUAACCACGACAAUGAACUGGCAACAUUUGUUGUUGGUCUGGCAAACAUGACAUUGAUCAACAUCUUUGGUGAGAAUCCAGCUGAGAUGCAAGAUGUUCUGCAGAUUGUUGUUCAGGCUUUCAUGAGGAUGAAGAAAGUUAAACUUUCUCCUAGUUGUGUGUUUGUUCACCAGAAUGUCACAGAUAUUGCAGCUGCAGAGAGAAACAUGGAUGGGAAGAGACGUCUGCAAGAAAAACUGGACCAGAUGACUGAACUAGCUGCCAAAGAGGAGGCUUCUAAUGCAGAGUGCUUCAGUGACGUCAUUGCAUUUGAUGUGCAGAAAGAUGUGAAAUAUUUUGCCCAACUGUGGGAGGGAAGCCCUCCAAUGGCUCCUCCAAAUCCAGGUUACAGUGAGAGUGUACAAGAACUGAAGAACAUCAUCCUCUUGAAGGCUUCACGGUGUGCCGGGACCCCUCUGUCACAUUUCAAAACCAAGAUCCAGGACCUGUGGAAUGCCCUCAUGAACGAACACUUUGUUUUCAGCUUCAAAAACACAUGAGAAAUUGCCGUGUACAGAAAACUUGAGAUCAAAUAUGGGAACUGGACCUGGACCCUCAGGAACAACUUGUUGACCAUUGAGAGCCAGCUUCAUACCAAAAUUGAAAAUGGAAAACUUGACAAGGUUGAGCUCAGAGAUCUUGUUAAAGAAAUGAGCAAAACGUAUGAAGAAGUCAAAAAAGAAAUGACAAAGUACUUUAAGGACAACAGAGACAAAGAAAUGCUGGUUCAGUGGCAAAACCGAUUCGAACAGAAGAUCAAAGAGUUUCAUGAUGAAGCAGUGAAAGAAGUGAAACGAAAGCUGGAUGAAGUUAUCCAGCAGAAGAAGGCUUGUAAAGAGCUGGAUGAUAAGAAGACAGAGUUUGAAAACAAGCUGCUGCAAAAGAGCAAAGAGCUGGCUCAUGAGUUAAAAGACAAGGCAACAGAUGAAAAGACACUGAAGAAGCAGUUUGACUCAGUUUGGAGCCACUGGGUUACUGAGUUAACUAAGAAUACAAAACCCAUUGAGGACAUCAACCUGGAAGAAGAACAAUUUAAAAUCCUUGAUCAGCUCAGUUUUGAAUGGCCUCUCAUAGCUGAAUCCAAACGCACCGGUCGUUACAAAGAGAUGCCAAAAAUUGGGGAUUACUCCGAUUAUAUAACACAAAAGAAGUUCCAAAACCUCAGUAAUGAAAGUGAACAAACUCCAGAACGUAGGAGCGAAAAAAAGGACACACGCAAAAGAGGUUAUAUGGCAAAUGUAGUAAAUCGUGCCCAAAACCUGUUGGGCAGGACCUCAACAACAGAAGGAAAAUCAAAGAAUGUUCUUGAACAUGAAGAACAACAGCUGAUCAGAUCCUUCAUUCAUGCUGUUGAACAGCAAUCCCUUAAAGCAGUCAAGACCAAACCAGUAGCAACAAGAGGCUACAACUCAACCUACCUGCUAGAAGUGGCUAAAAGUGUUCAACAGUCUGUGACAGAGUUUGAAUCAGAGAAGACAUACACACUGAAGAAGGAGUUCAGAGUGGAUCUGUUACUGUAUGUUUUUGACAGGGCAGCAGGUUGGUUGUCACAGUCUCACAAGAAAUACAAAACUAACAACGAUGCACACAGCUACUUGGAAGACAAGAAACCACAAUAUUACUACAUUUUCCAAAGCUUCUGCAAAGGAAACUCAUCUGCAGUCGUUUUUGGAGAAUUGAUUUGUGAAAAACUGAAGUUUUCCAUUGUUGAAGCCGUCUGUAACAAGACUGCCACUGAUCUCGCUGGAGAGAUGAGGUCCCGUGUCCCAGCAUUCAGUGGGAACAGGCUGGACUUGGAGAAACAUGUCCUGAAAUCACUUGCAGAGAAAGAGGACUUUGAUGGUUUUAUCACCUACAUCCAGCAGCCAAGGAUCCAAGUAAAAACUUUCAUAAAAGAAGAAGUAAAGAAUUACAUCUUCACACAGCAGAAAGGUAAAGCACAGAACAUACUAGAGACAAAUGUUGACCACAUCAGUAGGCAGGUCCGUCUAGCUCUAUUUGCUGCAACAAGUAAAGUCAAAACCCAGGAAGGAGACAUAAACAUGUGGGUGGAGGAAUUUUCCAGUUUCCUAAAAGAUGAUCUGACACUUGGUACCAUUAGCUGUCAAAACUUCAGGGACAUAAACAAUUUUGACUUUCUGAAAGAUGAGAUAAAGAAAGGCCUUGCUUCCAUCAUUCAGGAGAUGAGUCUCAUCUCACUGGAUAAGAUGAAGGAAUUCAGGCAGCAACCUGAUCAAAUCCUCAUUGAUCAGCUGUGUAAGUGCUGCUGGGUGACGUGUCCAUUCUGUGCAGCUGUUUGCACCAACACCCUGGAAGAUCACAGUCCUGAUGACCACAGCGUCCCUUUUCAUCGAUCCACUGCAGUGAAUGGUGUGCACUACAGAAACACAGUGGAGAUGUCUGUUGAAUUCUGCACAACAAAAGUUGCAAGUGACAACAGGUUUUACCCUGAUGGAGAGUCAGAAAACUCCAUUCCUUAUAAAAAGUACCGAACUGCUGGACCAAGGUACGCAAACUGGAGAAUUACCCCUGAUGAAUCGAAGCUACCAUACUGGAAAUGGUUUGUGUGUCGAUUUGAGAAGCAGCUGGAGAAGCACUAUGGUUUAAAGUUCGAGGGUGAUGGACGAAUUCCCAGCGAGUGGAAAACACACAAUAAAAAAGACGCUAUUAAAAGUCUGGGUAUACCGGAAAAAAAAAAGUCUUCGUCUGGAUGAAAUGUUCAAGCUGUGAGUGAGUCGACACAAUUACAACAGCUAGAAAAACACAUUCUGAUUCGUGAAACAUUUCUGAAAUCAGAGUCAACGCUCUCCUUCAGACAGGUCACCUGACCGCUCAGCUCAUCUCGAUAGGAGGCAAGAACAUAGUUUGAUCCUCAUAUUGAUAAUUAUAGUCUGUGUGCAAAGAUCAAACAAACUGCCACAAAAGUCAGAUUAAACAAUCUCCUGCUUUCACUGCUUUUAGAAUUAGAAGUUAAUGAGUCAUUAAGUGUUGAUUAUUAGACCGGUAAACAAAAACUGGUUUGCUUUAUUCAAAUUAUCACUUAAAUAGAAAAGUAAUACAGUAGUGAUCUGAUAAAUAGUGAGUCAUUAAAACCAAUAUAUUAAUGUCAAUAUUAAACCACUGUGUCAUCGAUAAAGCUGGUGUGUGAAGAUCUCUAAGAAAAAAGCUUCAAUGAAGGCAAAGCAGAAAUCAAUAUGGUGAUUUUUCCUCUUAUUUGUUAUGAGAAAUACAAAGAGGACUGAUGUGUUGCCUGUAAAUAUGAAUACUUUUUGUUUUGUUGUAUCAGAAUAUGUGAAGUUUAAAGCCAAAUGCAAUGUACUGAUAAAACACAGGUUGGCCAAUGGGUGGUUGGUGCUGCUGGCUUUUUAUUAUAAGGAAUGUAAGGCUUAUAUCUGUAUAACUACCUUUAAAUAACAUCAAACAUUUAUUGUGUGUUUGUGUUUUUCUCCAUUUUAAGUUGAAACAUGAUGAACAAAAUAACAAACUGUUGUGUUAACCUCCAUUCAGUCGGCCUGUCAUCAUAUUCACACCUUUUGUUUUGUUUGGUUCAUCAGAAUCUUGCUUUGUUGAACUUUGCUGAAGUCCAGCCUGAAUAUGAAGAAACUGAAGAAUGUUAUCAUUUACUUCACUGUUCAUUCAGAAAUGUUGAUUUGAUCUCCUGUUAUUCACAGUUUUUGAAGAGUGAUAAUAAAAUAACUGCUUCAUAUCUUCUGAAA